AUGAAUUAUUCUUUAAAUAAUGAAAUUGAACGAUCAUCGAUGCCUACUACGCCUCAUAUGAAAGUUAUUCCAGCUAAUCAAAAUGCUAAAAGCUGGGUUUGCACAACUAACAUUGCUAACCAUCUAAGAGCCAAACAUCGAAUUAUUGAAGGAAAAGAAAAAGUUGAAAUAAAUUAUUCACUUGAACAAAAUAAGAUUGAUAGAAUUACAUAUCAUUUAAUAGACUGGUUAAUAGAUGAUAUGCAGACCUUUCAUGUGGUAGAUAAUCAGAAAUUCCAAAAAUUCAUUCAUGAACUUGAAUCAUUUUAUUCUAUUCCAUGUAAAAAUUCUUUAUAUAAAAAAAUGAGCGAAGCCAUUAGUACAGUUGAGCAAAAUUUAA